GUUCACCCUAGGGGUAACCCAAGAAUAAGUCGAUCUUUAAUACUACAAAAGUAAGAGUAAUUAAGAAAGCAUCUAACCCGCCUAUGUCACACGGUGGUUUGAAACGCAAUUUCGUUUUUAUUUCCAGUUUUGUUGGAAAUGUAUGAGGACCAAAACGUGUUCAACCAUGACGUAUGAACUAUUUGGUCACUUGAACUUCGAUUUGGAUGUUUGUGGAAUUGUGGAUUUACAGACUAUUAAAACUGCUGUAAAUUAUGUUUCUCAUUAGCUUGAAUGGGAAGGCUUAUAAAUAUACUGUCAAUAAUAGUGACUAACAUAUGUCUUCACCUCUAUACAUGUGACAGCUAACUAAUAUGUACGUGUUGUUACAGAUUACUCAUUUUGCUAAAGGGUUAUAUGCUUUGGCGAAACCAUUAUGCAUACUUGCGUAGUAGUACUCACUCUAAAAGAUGAAAGAAAAAAAAAGUAUACAAAAGUAAAUUGAGUCUACAAACGCGUAAUCACCAAACACCAAGACUAGAGAGUGAGCCAAAAAAAAAAUAGGUAGCCUCAUUGGCAACAUCAUAAGACUUAAUAACGAAGAGAGAGAGGGAGAGAGAGUAUAUUGAGAAAAAGCUAAGCAAUUGAGGAACUCAGAGAGAUCACCAAACCCUAGCUAAAAGAGAGAUAGAGAAGUACUAUGUUGAAGACGGUGGACAUGACGUCAUCUAGCGGGAAGAGAUCGGUAGCUAAGAAAAUGACGACACCGUGUUGCACGAAGAUGGGGAUGAAGAGAGGACCAUGGACGGUGGAAGAGGACAAGAUUCUUGUGAGCUUCAUCGAGAAAGAAGGCGAAGGAAGGUGGAGAUCGCUUCCUAAAAGAGCUGGCUUGCUCCGAUGUGGAAAAAGCUGCCGUCUACGGUGGAUGAAUUAUCUCCGGCCGUCUGUAAAACGCGGUGGUAUCGCUCCCGACGAGGAAGAUCUCAUCCUCCGCCUUCAUCGCCUCAUUGGUAACAAGUGGUCAUUGAUCGCGGGGAGGAUACCGGGAAGGACUGAUAAUGAGAUCAAGAACUACUGGAACACUCAUCUCCGUAAGAAACUCUUAAGCCAGGGCAUUGAUCCUCAAACCCACAAGCCUCUUGAUGCAAGCUACACUCGUAAACCUAUAGAAGAAGUUUCCGGUGGACAAAACCUUCUAGAGCCUAAUUCUAAUUCUCACACCGAUGAUACCACCGUUAGCAGCGGGAGUGGAGCUGGCAAGAUCAGUGUCAGCGUAUUUGGUGAUGAGGACUUUGGUUUCUGUUACGAUGACAAGUUCUCUUCGUUUCUGAACUCGGUUAUCAAUGAUGAUCCUUUUGAUAGUAAUAUUCCAAUAUUAUCCCAGCCGUUGCAGACGCAUGAUUUUAUCGGUGAGAUUGUUGGAACCUCGUCGAGCUUAGGACAUGACCAGAGACCAGAAGAUAUAUAGUUUGAUGAAUCGUGAUGUCAUUUAUAUAUAUAUCAUGCUUCGAUGAGAAGUAUGCUCAUGUUAUUUCAGAGGUUGGUAUAUAUAUGUGCUAAGUUGUGUAAUUGUGGUUUCUGUGUGAUUACAAUAUACCUCAUAUAUGUGUAACUGAUAACAUAAUCCAUUGCGUAAAUAUAUGUGGAUAAAGUUAAAAAAAAAAUAUAUGUGUGGAUAUUAAUCUCUUGUUUCUCGCAGAUCAUGAUAUUUUCAUGCCUAAUGCAUGCUAAUAAUUAAUUUAGUUAUAAAGCUUUCAUAAGGUCCUUACAAACAGUCUUAUUAAUUAGUCUACAUAUAUAUUACAUAUCAUCGUCUUUGUGAGUAGUGUAAUAUUGUAGUGGAAGUGAAAUAAAAUUCGUGUUUAAUUCUUAACUAAACACAGGUUACAAAAUGUCUUACAUUAUAGACGCGAUCUUUUUUUAUUUGUUUAAUUUCCAUCAAGCAAUUGCAGUCCAUCUGUAAUGUAUAUAAAAAGCUACUAGCCCCCACUAUUCGGGAAACUUUUACAUACUAAUGGAAAAAAUUCCAUUUCCGUGUGUAAUGCUAAAUUAUAAUCAAAACUCAAAACCUUCUCAAGUAUUUCUCUUAAUCCUGUUUAUCAAGCAUUAUCACAUGUACGUACAAACAUGUAUAGAUUAAUCAGUAUAUAUGGGCUGUAUAAUAAGUUGAAUACUCAAAGUUUCUUAAGUACUGAUCCUAGCUUCACAUAUAUCUUCCUUUAUGUAUAUAGAACAGUGUCUAUUAACGAUUAUAUAAUAUUUCCUUACUAUAACUUUAUAAUGUAUAUGCAUGCGUUUCAUUAUGCAGUUACAGAUCCACCGUUUAACAGUCUUAUGCUUACUUACUUUAUCAUAAUCGCUGGUGAUUGACAUGUGUGUGUUCUCCCGUUAUAAUCCCGUUAAAUCGAAAAGAACACCACGUUGGUUUCACACUAAGCUCCAAAUUAACGCUACGCAAAAACUCCAAGGAAACAAACGUUGUUAAUUACAGCAAAGAAGGGGCCGAUUGAUCAGUGUACUCGGGCCGGCUCAAUGGUGUCAUGGCUCUGAGUAAAAAAAAAAUUAAUUUCUAAAUUAUUAUUUUUCUUUAAAAAAUCUGAUAGAUAUAUGAUUUUUUUUUCAAAAUACAAGUAUUUUUAAAAGUAAAUCUAUGAAAAUAAAAAAAAUACUUUCAUAUAAAAAAAUGGGUUUCAUAUUUUUAAUAUUAAAAUAUACUUGAAUUUUUUAAAAAAAAUCAAACUCUUAUCUAUUAAGAAAUAGGAAGACAACAGAUUGGGUCCGAGACGAUCGCACCGCUCGCCUCCUAUCCAAGCCGGCCCCGAGUGCGGUUAGAUCAACCAAAUAAGUUCUCAAAAUGAGGUUAUUAACAUCAAAAUAUCAUUAUUAUAGUAUAUUGUAAAUUAAUAAUAAAUUUUAAUUAAAAAUAAUUAAUUAGACUAAUUGAAUACUCUCUUAGAGUCUCUUAAAAGUUCUAAUAGGAGAACUUUACCUUCACUAAUAAUUUUGCUAAAAAAAAAAGAACAAGCUUACGGACGUUGACUUAAAAAAAAAAAGAAUAAUGCCGAUAUAAUUAAUCGUUUCAAAUAAGAGCCGUUAGAUUGAUAGACGUUUACAGACGUUGACUUUAAACGAACAUCUUUGCAUGCGAUUAUUCUGCUCCGACCUAACCUUCUCUUUGACCCUUCGGUUCACAUCACAUUCACAGCAGCAAAAUUAAAUAAAUGUAUAACUGAAAUUCUUUGGCACAACCAUAUAUAGACAUAAAAUAAAAUGAUCGUUCUUAUGGAAUAUAACUCAGAAUAUGUAUUUUAAGAAAUUUUAAUUUAUAGUUAGAUAUCUCAUUAAUAAACUGCUGGAUACUUGAUAAGAUUUAUCGUUGUCCCAAGGUUAAAAGAAAAAUCGUCAAGAAAGUGCAACUUUGUGAUGUGACUAAAAUAAUCAAAAGAAACAUCUUUUCAAAAAAAAAAAAACAA